CCCGAGAGAGGAGACGAAUAACGGUACACACUCCAAUAUUUAUGGAGCCGAUGCCCGCAUAUAAGUGCACCACAUCCACUCUCCCGGUGCAUACGUGAAUACAUGCGUUUGGAGACGGAAGCGGGGGACGGCGUUUCGGGGAGACGAACACAAGCGGUCCACCAUUGUCUGCGUAGAAAUAAGAAUGGCCUGGAUGUGGAAGAAGAAGUCAUUGAUCGCCACCAGUCUGAUCGUGGCGGUGUCGCUCUUCGUGGUGGUGGUGAACUACUCGGAGAAGCCGUACUUCCUGCUGAAGCCGGUGUUGGAUCAGACGUUCAGCAGCCACUGGAUGUUCUCCAAGCAGCCGUACAAGGCCUUCAAACCUCACCUGGGCUACGUUAGCAUCCCCAAACAGGAACCUCUGAAGCUGCAAUGUGAGCUCUGCAGCAUCGUGUCCAGCUCCGGCCAGAUGUUGGGCCAGGCUGCCGGGGCGCAGAUCGAUCGCUCUCCGUGCAUCUGGCGGAUGAACAACGCGCCCACGCGGGGUUUCGAAGUUGACGUCGGCCAGCGCACCACGCUGAGAGUGGUCUCGCACACCAGCGUCCCCCUGCUGCUGCAGAAGCCUCAGUACUUCUUCGGACAGGCCAACGACACCGUCUAUGUGGUGUGGGGGCCGCUGAGAAACAUGAGGAAGGACGGGAAGGGCAUCGUGUACAACAUGCUGCGACAGGCGGCCGAGAACUACCCGCAUGCACGCAUCUACGUCACCACAGAGGAGAGGAUGAACUACUGCGACAUGGUCUUCAAGAAGGAGACGGGAAAAGACCGGAUCCAGUCCGGCUCCUACCUCAGCACCGGCUGGUUCACGCUCAUCCUCGCCAUGGACAUGUGCAAAGAGAUCCAUAUCUACGGCAUGAUAAAUGACACCUACUGCAAGACGGAGGGCUACAGAAAGGUUCCCUAUCACUACUACGAGGCGGGCAGCCGGGACGAGUGUGCGGAGUAUCAGCUCCACGAGAGCGCCCCGUACGGCGGCCAUCGCUUCAUCACGGAGAAAUCUGUGAUUGGCAAGUGGGCCAAAACUCACUCCAUCAAGUUCUUUAACCCCCCAUGGACGCUGUCGUGACCCUGGCUGAACCGACAAGGAAAUAUUACACCGUCAUCGCCAUUAUCAUCAUCUCUGUCGCCUGGGGACCAGCUGGAUCGCUACACUGACAGAAAGCCUGUUCCCUAAUGUGCACAAACAUCACACUUUGGCACAUAUUCCACUUCAUAUCCAUUAGAGAAGGUUGUUCGAUGGCUGCCUGUCAAGUGCUGAAUGGAGAACAUCCAGGAAGUGUGUUUUCUGACAGGAAGCCUUUCCUGUUCAAUUGAUAAACAUGGCCAGCAAAAACAUAUCUCCUGCUUCUUGAAUUUGAAAGCUGCCGAGUUGUUCUGUUCACUGACCAGCCGAUCCUCUCUGCUCUGUGAGUUCAGCAAAGGACGGCCUCGAAGAAUCACUUUGAAAAGAAAAAACAACGGAGGGAAACAACAGGAAGUUACAACUGUCCGUCAACUCUCGGUGACCUCACGGAUCACGCGUUUGCAGGCGCUCUACAUGGCAGAGGCUGAAUUAAAACGCUGAAGAAGAGCUCCUGUUGCCAUGGAUGCCUGUUGAUCUCGCCUACUCUGUUUCCUCCUGUCAGGCUGUAAUUCAUCCAUACUGUAACACGCAUCAUUCAGGCUUUCGUCUCUGACUGAUAAUUGAGGGCAUUUUUCGCCGACAACAGCUUCAACAAACAAGGUCAUUUGAAAAAGAAAACCGCAAAAAACUCAACGGUAAACAAGAGUCAUGGCUGUAAAUCGUCUGUUCACCGUCAUGCUUUGCUGUCUGUAAACUCACACAACUGAAAGAUGUCAGCUGUUUUUUUUUCUCUCAUAACGCUGUGAAACUUUUUAAGAGACACGUUCCGGCUCGAUCUGGAUCGGUUGCUAAUUUAUUCAUCUCUUCAGCAACUCUCUGUAACAGUGUGCCAUUGACAAUGUGAGCAUCACAGCACAUAGAGCAAUGUGCAAUCACAAACUCACAGAGGGAGUUGGAUCAUUUGUGUGACCCCCGCAGAGGGAGAGAUUUAUGUGUGCAGUGAAACCAUUGGAAGUUAAUUGUAUUCCAUUAUCAUUUUGUGCCUGCGAUACACUCAUUGUACAGAGACGGAGGAGGAGGCCGCUCCUCUCUCCAUCGCUCAUUUUCUCAUCUCAGCUUUGUGCCUCUUUGUGUACACGAUCACUGUGUGAACACAUCUGCCCGUUUGUCUUUGAACGCAGCGUGCAUGUCUCCUGAUUCAGGUCGUAACAUUUGAAUGCAUCAGUUUCCAGCGCAGUGAGGAAUAAUCAGUGAGGUGUGUAGGUCAGCUGGUAUCAGUGGAGAGACUCUCUGGCUGUGACCAUGACUCCCUUUCCUCACCCCCCCCCCCUCGACAACAUUAGCCUCAGGCGUCUGCAACUUGUACACAACAUUUAUUGACGCAGGAAGCAAGCUAACAGCAUCCGCUAGUAUUAAUGUACCACUGGUGGACAUUUAUUCAAGUUUUUGCUGAUGUUAAAAAGUGAUGUAAUCGACUUCCUGUCGCUUCUUCAGACACGUGUUCUGGUGGUUUUAGAUUGGCCUUCUAAUCAAAAUGUAUAAUCAUGCCAGAACAACAUCAUUAUCGUGUGUUGUUUCAUCGUGAAUGAAAAACAAACCAAAUUGUCCUUCCUGGAUCCAUUUGUAGCCCAAUUUGAAAUCUUCACUGUUCCUCACAGCGGAAACACUAACGACACGUUUUUUGUUGUUGUUAAUAACAUUAAAAUCAUGACAGACUCA